AUGCAUCGUGCUCUGAACAUCCCGGAUAUCGUCCAAUUGAUAGUCAAUGAAAUGGACUAUAGCGGGCCAUCGCCCGACGCGCCGACACUUGCCGCAUUGGUGCUCACAUGCCGCGCGUUUCACGAACCCGCCUUAGACGUGCUAUGGUCUCGUCAGGUAGGCUUAGGCCAUCUUGUCGAGUGCCUUCCAGAGGAUUUGUGGGCUAUGUUUCAAGACAACACUCUGAUAGUCCUGGUGACUUCUAGUAUGUACAAGGCCAAUGCUAUCGUUCAGAAUCCUCCGGAAAUCCUGGUACUCAGCGAGCCUACGAGGCCAACGACGCCACAGGACUGGGAGCGUUUCGACUUCUACGCCAGCCGUAUUCGAGAACUGCGUUGCGCCGGGCACAGCGACUCGAAGCAAGCUUCUCGCGCCCUCUCGGCGGACCUGUACCGGUGGCUUUUAGCGUCCAGGCCAACCCAUCAACUACUUCCGAGGUUGUCCUCUCUCAUCUGGAAGACGAGCAUAUUCGGAACCGGUCUCGACUGUACACCUUUCCUGUCCAGCCCACAGCUCUCUUCGGUGUCAAUCGAUAUGUAUGGUAAUGGGAUCCCUACUACUUCCCACGCCAUUCUCCCGGCUUUGCUUCGUCUUUCACCAGACCUCCAAGAGCUAAGGCUCUGGAUGCGCGAAGACUGGAGCACGCACCCUAUUUCCCGCGCGUUCUUUGGGUCAUUCAAGAAGCUAAGAAUUAUCGAAAUGAAGUCUGCCAUGUCCUCGAUAUUCGACCUCCUUACCGGAUUAUCGACUCUACCAGACCUCACGAAGAUGAACAUCUUGAUAUCCGACUACUAUGUACCUGAUCAAAGAGCGCAACAGCGCACUGCUCCACGGGUCGUGUUCCGCUCUCUGGAGGAGCUGAAACUACGCUCAUCGUUCACGCCCGAUACCCACGAGAUCCUCCGCGCCUGCCACUUUCCUCAGCUUCAGUGCAUCAAUCUGAUGUAUACCACCCCCUGGGACGAGAGCCUGAGUGCCCUAGACGAUUUUUUUUGUCUCAUCUCACAGUGUUGCUCUCAUUCUGUGCUGGAGAUGAUCGAGAUAGUGGCCCGCGAAGAUUGGGUUGACGAGGAUGCUGAAGUGCAGUCGGUCACUGCAGGGGCGGUAUUGAAGCCGCUCAUCGGCUUCCAUCGUCUGUGUAGCUUCCACCUCAGCGCAGACAUGCGCAUCGUCCUGGACGACGGCGCCGUGAGGGAUAUGGCCGUAGCCUGGCCCCGUCUCAAAUGUCUGGCACUGGUGAACAAUCACCUCUCCUCGGCCCCUCCGGCAGCGAUGACACUAAAAGGGCUGGCGUACCUCGCUCGGUAUUGCCCCUUGUUGGAAACACUCGCUAUUAAUGUGGAUACCUCCAGUAUCACUGCCCCACCUCCUAGUAACGGCCACUGCAACCGAGUCUUGCAGAGUAUCAACGCUGUUCGAUCCCCGGCGUCAGGUGACCCCGCGGCCAUAGGAGCGUUCUUGCACGCGAUUUUCCCCAAUUUCAAGAGGAUCAAUGCCAGUGAUGAGACGACGCCUGAAGACGAGCUGGUAGAUGGUUCCUGGAGAGCGGUAGAGGCGGUGAUUGAGGCCCUCAAGCUGCAGAGCGCUUCUCAGCAGGACGACUUCGUCCAGAAAUCGUAG